AUGGCAGACCCUUGUAUCAAAGCUGCGGCUUUUCUGACAAUCCUCUUGAUUGGGCAGUGCUGUUGGAGUAGCAAUGCUGAGGACUUGCAAGCCGGCCCUUUGGGAGAUAGGAGAAUCAGCGCCGGUGGAAGGCACCUUCUAGCAGUUGUCCAGAUCAAGUUCCCGGGUAUUGCUGAUUCAAGCGCGUUCCAGGCGGACCAGCAACGUGAGUUGCAAAGCAACUUCAAAUCAACAGCAGGCCUGGAGCCAGGACAGGUGCGACUGGCCGGUCAGACGUAUUCACCCUUGACGGUAACUUUCGAACUCCUGCCCCUACCUGGCAGUGGUGCUACCCAGCUCGACUCGACCACACAGACCAGCAUCAAAAACAAGCUGACGUCAUCGCAGUUCAGCUUCCCGUCCGACUGGGGCCAGUAUCAGUUCGUGACCUUCACGAACGCAGGCAGCGUGGCACCAACGCUACCUCCUUCUCCACCUCCUCCAACAGCCACCCCAUCCCCGACAACCCCUGGAACUCCUCCGACCCCUCAACAAAACACUCCCACCCCUCCGUCUAGCCCCACCCCACCCUCCUCAUCCGACGGCUCGAGUUCCGGCCUGAGCACCGGCGCAAUCGUCGCCAUCGCUGUCAUCGUUCCACUCGUCGUCAUUGGCCUGUUGGUCGGACUGGCCCUCUGGUUCUUCAAAGGGGGGAAGGGAAAGGGCGGGUAUGCGUUCAGCCCGCGCGCAGAGCUGCGCAAGGCAGUGCGGCGGGGAUCCGUCCCGGCGCCGGCCCUGACGUCGCCUCCCCAGAAGCUCGGCCCAGAGGCGGGUGGUGCCGCUCGAGCGCUUUCGAACGGCACGCCAGCAACGGUCCGGCCGGUUGCACCGGUUGCCCAGGCAAACCCACAAGGCCCCGCCUUGGCAGAAAACGUAGACGAGUUCCACUUCAGCGAACUUCAGGUUGCCAGCAACAACUUCAGUGCCGGCAAUCUCUUGGGCGAAGGCGGCUUCGGUCGUGUGUACAAGGGUACUUUGGAUGAUGGGACGGCCAUCGCGAUCAAGAAGCUCAGCAAGAAUGAACACCAGGGGCAACAAGAGUUUAAGGUUGCUGUGGAGAAGCUGAGCCGCAUGGAGCACCCCAACCUGGUCCUGUUCCUCGGUUUCUGCCUCGAGAAGAAUAGCAAGUUCCUCUGCUACGAGCUGAUGCCCAACGGAAACCUGGAGGAUCGGCUGCACGGUUCUCCGGACAAGAAGAAGGAUCUGCUGUGGACGACGCGGCUGAAGAUUGCGUUGGAUGCCGCCCGGGGACUGCAGUACAUGCACGGCACGUGCUUCCCUCCCGUCAUCCACCGCGACUUCAAGAGCAGCAACGUCCUGCUGGCCAGAGACUACACCGCGAAGGUGUCGGACUACGGCCAAGUAUUCAUCGCACCGGAGGGGCAGGAUCUCCAGACGAGCAUGCAAAUCACGUUCGGCUACGUCGCACCCGAAUACUUCAUGACCGGUCAGCUGACGGAGAAGAGCGACGUGUACAGCUUUGGGGUGAUGUUGCUUGAGUUGCUGACGGGAAGGAAGCCGGUGGACAUGACGCUGCCGCCGGGGAAGCAGAGUCUGGUGACGUGGGCGUCCCCCCAACUGAGUGACCGCCGGCUGAUCCACGCCAUGGUCGACCCCGCCGUCUCGGGGCAAUACACCGACCGCGUCGUCUGCCAGCUGGCAGCCAUCGCUGCCAUGUGCGUCCAACCGGAAGCAGACUUCCGGCCGCUCAUGGCGGACGUCGUCCAAACGCUGGAGCAGCUGCACAACGAAGCCAAGGCCGCCAGGCCCGAGGACAUGUACGUGCCCGAGGUGACGUCAGCGGAGACGUCAGCGCCGGCGCAGCGGCCCAGCUGGGCGCGGGCCGCGUCCCCCCGGCCAACCCCCCGCCAAUCGACCAACGGGACCCCGCGGCGCGCCUCGUCCCCGCACCCCCCUAGUACGACGCCCCGGCUGUUUGGUAACUCGCCCCGGGCCUCGUUGAGCCGCACAGCGAGCAUCGCGUCAGAUACGAGCAUCGAGACGCCGAAAGCCCCGCCGCCGCCGCCAGUCAGUCGCCGCAGUAGGAACUGA